GCUUCUGUUUCCAUCAUCUUCUGUUUCUGCUUUAAAACCCUAGAAAACCAGAGAGAAAACUUCCCAAUUUUUAUCCAUAGAUUACUUGUAUAUUGUAGGACGAUUUGCGUACAGGGUAACAUGGCUGUUUCCCAGCGAGAGCAGGCACUCUCUCUCCUUGCCGCUGCAAACAACCACGGAGAUUUGGCGGUGAAGCUUUCGUCUUUGAAGCAAGCCAAAGAUAUUUUUCUGUCAGCGGAUCUUGCGUUGCUUGCCGCCGAACUAUUCCCGUAUUUGGUCGAGCUUCAGUCUUCUCAUGAAGCCCUUGUUCGAAAAACCCUUGUCGAGGCGAUUGAGGAGAUCAGUUUAAAAACAAUGGAGUAUUCACCAGUACUGAUGCAAGUGUUGUUGACGCUACUAAGUGAUGAUGAUUCUGUUGUUGCUCGACAAUCCAUUGUUGCUGGCACACAUAUUUUUUGCAAAGUGUUAGAGGAGUUAGCGUUGCAGUUUCACCGGCAUGGUCUAGUGGAGAGAUGGCUUGAAGAUAUCUGGUCUUGGAUGAUCAAGUUGAAGGACACUGUCUUUCAGAUUGCAUUGGAGGCUAGGUCUGUUGGUCCAAGGCUGCUUGCUAUAAAGUUUUUGGAAACUUGUGUAUUACUCUUCAUGCCUGACAAUGAUUCUAGAGGGCAUAAUACAGAAGCAGCAACUAGAAGUGCACAAGUGUUCAAUGUUUCAUGGCUGGCUGGUGGUCAUCCUGUUCUGGAUUCGGUUGCACUUCAGUCAGAAGCAAAUAGAUCCUUCUUAAUUUUACUUGAUUUGUUGAGGUCGGCUAGUGUUCUUCCGGGCUCCAUUACGAUUUCUGUUGUUAGUAGUCUUGCUACCAUAGCUCGGAGGAGGCAGGUCCAGUAUAGCUCUGUUCUUUCUGCACUGCUCGAUUUUGAUGCUAGUUUCAUAGCGAAAGGAGCCCACAAUGCAAGCAUACAGUAUUCUCUACGGACUGCUUUUUUGGGAUUCUUGAGGUGUACACACCCUGUUAUCAUGGAGUCGAGAGAGAAGUUGCUCAAGGUUCUGCGGGCGAUGAAUGCUGGGGAUGCAGCUGACCAGGUGAUGCGGCAGGUUGAUAAAAUGCUAAGAAAUAGUGAGCGUGCUUCUCGUGAUGCUCGAGCAAACAAGGAUGAGCAACCAUCAAGUCAUGUGCUUAUGUCAGGGGACAUGCCAAGGAAACGUUCAAUCCCUAUGGAUCAUGAACAUUUAGGUUCCACUGAUCUAGCAUCAAAAAGGAUUCGUUAUGGCUCUAACAGUAAUACAGGUCCUGUAAUUCAAAGUGAUUCAGGACAUGAUCACUCGGUAAAUGGAGCGUCUGGCAGGGUGCCACCGCUAGAUAAUGGCCUCACCCCUGUUGAACAAAUGAUUGCCAUGAUCGGUGCUUUACUCGCUGAAGGAGAAAGAGGUGCUGAAUCUCUUGAAAUCCUGAUAUCCCAGAUACAUCCAGAUCUGCUAGCUGACAUUGUUGUGACAAAUAUGAAGCAUUUGCCUAAAAGUCCUCCCCCGUUAACGAGACUUGGCAGUCUACCAGUAACCCAGCAAAGUGGGCUUCCAACCACUUCUUCCCAGGUUGCACCAACUACACAGAAUCCUGUGCUCAUAGCACCAGUGUCUAUCUCAUCAAAUGCAAUUAGUACACCAUUGUCUACUACAGCCACUUCCAUUAGUCUUCAAGCGGAUCCCAAACGUGAUUCCCGAAGGGAUCCUCGUCGCCUUGACCCAAGGCGUGUGGCAUUACCUGUUGGGAACCCGUCGGAGCAUACUAUGGAAGAUGUUACAAGUUUGACACAAUCUGGUCCAGUAGAGUUGGAGUUUGAUGCCUCUGCCCUGUUUAAAAGGCAACCUCCUCGAAUUGUGGUGCCAAGUAUUGAGAAUACAUCAGAAAUUCUUAUGCCCAAAGCAGAAACUGAGUUGCAUAUCCCAGAAAAUAUAACAAAAGUUUCUCAAGCCAAUCAAUCAUCUCUUAAAGAACAGGUUCCGGAUGAACAAGCCAUCCAAGUUGGUCCUGAGGUGGAAUUCAAUAUUGUUUCUGAUGUAGCAGUUUCUCCUAUUGAUUAUGUUAACAAGGAGUCAGAUGCACAGAAGUCGAUGGAUACUGUAAUGACAGAUGAGGACCACACCCUAUCAUUGGUGGAAGCAGAUCAGCUUUCACCAAGUACAGUGGACACACCUGUCUUGGAGGAGGCCUCUGCUGAUUUACCUGUGGUUCCAUCUUAUGUGGAAUUGACAGAAGAACAGCAAAGUGAUAUAAGGAAAUUGGCAAUCAAAAGGAUUAUAGACUCUUAUAAGCAAAUAAAAGGCACAGAACUUAUGCAGACACGCAUGGCAUUGCUUUCUCGACUUGUUGCUCAGGUUGAUGCUGAUGAUGAUGUAAUUCUAAUGAUACAAAAGCAUAUUGUUUCAGACUACCAGCAUCAGAAGGGGCAUGAGCUUGUAAUGCAUGUGCUAUACCACCUGCACGCUCUCAGGAUGUCAGAUUCAGCUGAAGAAUCUUCAGUGGCUGUUGUUUAUGAGAAGUUCCUUCUGGGAGUGGCGAGGUGUUUGCUGGAUGCUUUACCAGCAAGUGAUAAGUCCUUUAGCCGUCUUUUUAGUGAAGCUCCUUCUUUGCCUGAGUCUGCAUUUAAGCUUCUUGAUGAUAUAUGCUGCUCAGACAAUAACUGUGGGAAAGACAUUCGUGAUGGUGAUCGUGUCACUCAAGGUCUUGGUUCUUUGUGGAGCUUAAUUUUAGGACGUCCUCACUAUCGUCAGGCUUUCUUGGAUAUUGCUUUGAAGUGUGCUGUUCAUCCCAAAGAUGACAUCCGCUCAAAAGCGAUCCGACUGGUGGCAAACAAACUUUACGUAAUUAAUUUCAUCUCAGAGAAAAUUGAGGAUUUUGCUACAAGCAAAUUGCUCUCAGCUGUUAAUAGACCAAUAUCAGAUACUGAGGUUUCAGUUUCGGGGGCCGAUGAUCAAAGAACAGAAGGGCAGAUGGGAAGUCAAGAAACAUCAAUUAGUGGCUCUCAGAUUUCAGAGCCAGGGACAUCUGAGAAUGGCACUGCAAUGGGUGCACAAUCUGAUUCCCGAAGUGAUUCGUCAAUGUCGCCUGCUCAAGCUCAACAACACCUUUCUUUGUUUUUUGCUUUAUGUACCAAGAAGGCUAGUCUUCUUCAACUUGUAUUUGACAGAUAUGAUCAUGCUCCGAAGUCUGUUAAGCAGGCUAUCCAUCGCCAUGUCCCUAUUCUUAUCCGGGCCUUAGGUCCAUCAUAUUCCGAUUUACUCUGCAUAAUAUCUGAUCCACCCCAAGGAAGUGAAAACCUCCUGACACAGGUGCUGCAUGUUCUGUGUGAAGGGACGACUCCUUCGGCCGAUCUAAUUACAACGGUCAAGCGUUUAUAUGAAACUAAACUUAAGGAUGCUACAAUACUUAUUCCAAUCUUGUCUUCCUUUACCAAGAAUGAGGUUUUGCCUAUUUUCCCCAGACUUGUCCAUCUUCCGUUGGAUAAAUUUCAGACAGCAUUGGCUCACAUACUACAGGGUUCAGCUCAUAUGGGCCCUGCACUAACGCCAGCAGAAGUAUUGGUUGCAAUCCACGACAUUAGCCCUGAGAAGGAUGGUGUUCCACUGAAAAAGAUAAUGGAUGCUUGUUCAGCUUGUUUUGCGCAGCGCACUGUUUUCACUCAACAAGUCCUAGCAAAAGCAUUGAACCAAAUGGUUGAUCAAACACCUCUACCUCUUCUCUUCAUGAGGACAGUAAUCCAGGCGAUCGAUGCUUUCCCUAAGCUGGUUGAUUUUGUUAUGGAGAUACUUUCCAAACUCGUAAGUAAACAGGUAUGGCGGAUGCCAAAAUUGUGGGUUGGCUUUCUGAAAUGCAUCUCAGAAACGCGACCACAUUCUUUUCAUGUACUGUUACAAUUGCCGUCACCACAACUUGAGGGUGCUCUGAACAAAUAUGGUAGCCUCCGAGUUCCUCUUGCUGCAUAUGCCAACCAACCGAAUAUUAAAGCCUCUUUGCCUAGGUCAACUCUACAAUCCCUUGGUCUUGCAAGUGAACCACACUUGCAGCAGCAACAACAAAAUCCUGCAGCUUCUUUUAACAACCCAGACAAAAGUACCAAAGUUGAAGGGACUUCAUAACAAUUAUACAAUUUUUUGCAAUUUCGUCACCGGUGUUGGGAUCGUUUACGUGAGGGAACGACCUUUGGUACUUUCCCGAGUAAAUAUGGUUGGAUUUGAGAGAGAGAUAGCAUGUUGCUUUUCGAGAGGCUGGAGUCAAGAGGGGCAGCGAUCAUCGCUCGUGGGAUGUAUCAUUAGUUCAUUGCUAUCUUAUGUAAUUUGCUGUUUUCUUUUUAAAUAUUGAUUCUGUAGUGAAAUGAGACUAGUAGGAUACCUUUUUUUUUGUCAUUCUCUUUCUUUUUGAAACUAGGUUCUCUCUGUGCAAUAGUGUAUGCUUGAGUGAAUAUCAUCCGAACAAACAUAUUGGCCUUCACUUGUCGAUGAGGUUCAGUUUUACAAACUUUUCAAAAAGUACCGUAAAACAAUGUAUUUACAAGAUUAUGUGCUGUGUGCAUGAUGGGUA